AUGGGUGAAAACAUGGAUAUCGAAGAGAAUGUUGCGAUUUCUACUGCCACAGUUCCAAUGCCGCUUCUACAACAACAUGGAGAGGUAUUUGUUGGACCGGGUGCAAAAAAAGACGCCCAAAGAGUUGGUUUAGGGCUUUCCAAGUUGUCGUCGAAACGAAAAGAUGAUUUGCACAAUGCGAAACGAUAUGCGAUGGAUAUUUCGAUCAAGCAGAUUAUUUUGCGACAACAAAAGCAACAGCAAGAAAAUGUGAGUUGGAAAAAAAUUGAUUUUGAAAAUAAAAAAAAUUUUUCAGGCACAAAAACAACAAAUGUAUGCACAAGCUUUAUCCAUAAUGUCAAGAAUAUAUGUUGGUUCGAUAUCUUUCGAAGUUCGUGAAGAAAUGCUUCGCAAAGCUUUUGAUCCCUUCGGCCCGAUUAAAAGUAUAAAUAUGAGUUGGGAUCCAACAACUGGACAUCACAAAACGUUUGCGUUUGUCGAAUAUGAAAUUCCAGAAGCAGCGUUACUCGCGCAAGAAUCAAUGAAUGGUCAAAUGUUAGCUGGUCGAAACUUGAAAUGUAAUUCAAUGGUGAGUUUCUGCUCUUUGAUGAAACAUAUCGAAAUAUACCAAAUCGACUAUGCUGAUCACGAAUCUGAAGUCAAAAAUUGGCACAAAUUCCUUUGAGCACUUUCCUGGAGCUCCUUGAGUUUUGGUUUUGGCGAUUUUCCUUCAUGUUCCCGGGUGGAAAAUCAACUUUUAUAACUUGAAUGAGCUACAUUCGGAAACCUAUCCGCUUUUUACUUUUAAAAAUAUCAAAAACCAGCUGAAAACUGCAAACGUCCUGAACACACGGGAAUUUUUGAAAAUUACAGUUUUCAGCUGGUUUUUGAUAUUUUUUGAAAAAGCGGAUAGGUUUUCGUAUGUAGCUCAUUCAAGUUAUAAGAGUUGAUUUUCCACCGGGAACAUGGUGAAAAUGAGCAAAAAAUCAAUUCUAACUUUGGAACUCCAGAAAAGUGUCAAUUUUUGACUUCGGAUUCGUGAUCAGCAUGGUCGAUUUGGUAUAUUUCGAUAUUUUUCAUCAAAAGUUCCCUUGUGGUUACUAUUUAUAAAUAAAAAAAAAUCAUUUUUCAGAUGUUCCAAGAGGCGCGUCUCCCAACAAAUAUGCCACAAGCUCAACCAAUCAUCGAUAUGGUUCAAAAAGACGCGAAAAAAUAUUUCCGUGUUUAUGUCGCGUCAGUUCAUCCAGAUUUAUCGGAAACCGAUUUGAAAAGUGUUUUUGAAGCGUUUGGUGAAGUUGUAAAAUGUCAAUUGGCAAGAACACCAAAUGGAAGAGGACAUCGGGGUUUCGGGUAUAUUGAGUUCAAUAAUAUUACUUCGCAAAAUGAGGCGAUUUCCGGAAUGAAUAUGUUCGAUUUGGGUGGACAAUUUUUGAGGGUAAGCUGUUUAGGACCUAUUUAUGGAGCUAUUCAACGAAAAAUUAUGUUUUCUCAGCGCUAAGAAAACGGGAGAAAAGCGAAGAAAACAUAAAAAUAAAACACGUUCAACACACAAAUUGCGAUGAGACCCAACGAAAAACAAAAUGUUCCUUUGACCUUUUGCAUCACUGUAAAUUGGUCCCGCUGCGAAUUUCUACAGUAUCUUGAAGGGGGAAUACCCAAUUGUCUCUCAUAACAUGUGUGAUACAUCAUUCGAUUCAGAAUUCCAUUUUAUAUAUGCACCAAAAUUUUUAGCUCUCAAAACUUAUUCUAGAAAUUUGGAAUUUUGAAUCGAAUGGUGUAUCACACAUGUUAUGAGAGACAAUUGGGUAUUCCCCCUUUAAGAUACUGUAGAAUUUAGCAGCGGGACCAAUUACAGUAAUGCAAAAGGUCAAAGGAACAUGUUGUUUUUCGUUGGGUCUCGUCGCAAUUUGUGUAUUGAACGUGUUUGAUUUUUAUGUUUUCUUAACCGACUUGAAUAGGUUUUUUGUCGCUUUUUCUUGUUUUCUUAAAGCUGAGAAAACAUUUUUUUUUCGCCCCAUUAUAAUUUUUGUUUUGUGUUUUUUUCUAUUAAAAUUCCAGAUAUUUUCUCUCAAAUUCCAUUCCAAAAGGUAAUUUUUCAAUUGAUAACCCAUAUUUUUUCAGGUCGGUAAAUGUGUGACUCCACCCGACGCUCUGGCCUACCUUCAACCCGCCGCCGCCAACAAUCUACCAGCCAGUGUUUCCGUCGCGUGCGCAGCAAUCACGGCAAAAGUCAUGGCAGCCGAGGCAGCUUCUUCGCCAGCAUUGGUAAGAUUGGCGGCAACUGCCGGGAUUUCGCCGCAAAUUUGAGAGAUCUCUUGUAAAAUACUGUGUUUUAUUAUUUUUAUUUAAUUGAUUUUUAACCUAAUAAAUGUUUCGCAUUUCCCAGUUGGUGAAGAUUAUUUGGGGGAAAUCCCGAGAAUAUUUUUUUUAAUUUAUACUAAUUAUUAAUUAGCAAAGUAAGCCAGGGUUUCUAGGGGUUUCCCCGAAUUUUCUUCAGCGAAUUUGUUGGAUUUGCGAGACAUAAUAGGAAGAUGAGAGACGCAGAGAAACAGCUUCGUUUCGAGACCAAGUGCGGGAAACAUUUUUGAAUUCGAAAAAUAAAUUUCCCGCGCUUGGUCUCGACACGAAACUGCAAAUGGAUUUGGUGUUUUGAAGUUCUCUUGGGGGAUUUCUUGAUUUACCCUGUAAAAGGCCGUGUAAUUGAGAAUAUGAAAACAUUUCGAAGGUUUUGAAGUCUUGAAAUCACGGUAUUUCAAAAUUUCGCGUGUUAGUUUCCUCUUUUUCUCUGCGUCUCUCUCUCCAAAGUGAAUGAAUGAAAAAAAACAUUAAAUACUUCUUCAGUCGCGUGCGGCUAUGCGUUGCGGUCGGGAAAAAUGAAUUAUUGAUUGAUUGUUUCCCGACCACAAUGCACAGCCGCACGCGACUGAACUUCAAAAAUUGUUAAAUUUCAAAAAAUAAUUCAAUUUUCUUCCAGAAAUCCACCCCAAAUGGUUCACGAAGUGCCAGUCCAGCUCCAAAAUCUCCAGCAACUCCAUCAUCUUCACUUCCAACUGACAUCGAUGUCAAAUUGAAUAUCAAUCCAAUUCCCCUGAUGUCACUCUCGCUUCCACCGCCAGCUCCAAUAAUUCCUUCUCCACAAGAAAAUAUUGAAAUGGAUAUGGAUAUGGAAGUUGAGGAAGAAGCUGAAGAUGUUCAUGUUGAGCCUCCACAAGAAGUUGUAGCUCCACCAGCUCCAGCACCAGCUCCAAUAGUCCCACCUCCCGGUCUCGUAGCUCCGCCCACUAUAAUUGUGCCAAAAUUGUCGACUCAAAGAAAAGAGGAAGCUGAAGCUGAAGAAGAGGAAGAACAAGAGGAAGGUUGGUUUUUUCCUGCCACGUGGCAAAUCUGAAAAUCUGAAAAUUAAAAAAAAUUUCAGAACAAUGCGAAGGACCUUCUCAACCACAACAACAACAACAACGUGUAAAAAUCUCGACUUCGCAGCGAAAAAAGCUGAAAAAAGAGGCGCUGAAUAAAUUGACGUUUGAGGAAAAGGUAAUAUUUUUUGAAAACACAAAAUUUUUGGGGGAAAAUUUCUGCUGAAAGUGAGUUAGGGAAACUUGAAAUCUGACUAGAGAAGCUUAGAAAAGUGUUUAGAAAAUCAUUUCUAGGCUCGAAUUUUGUCCUGAAAAUGCUGAAAAUCGUGAUUUUCAGCAAUUUUAAGUGUGUCCAGCGUUUUCAGCACAAAAUUCAGAUCUAGAAAACUAAAAAAUUGUGAAAAAUUCACUGUUUCAAAAAUCUUGCAUAACAAAUUCUCAAAAACCAUGCAGUUGAAUUUUUCCGUACAAGCCCGAAUUUUUUUUGGAGGUGAAAAAAAUCUCAAAAAUUCACUGUUUCUAAAUUGUUCAAUAUGUUUUGUAUUUUUUGUCAAAUUUUGAUUCUGUUAUUGGCAGACGCUCAACUAAUAGUAUUGGCAGACGCUCAACUAAUUUCUAGAUAGUUCCCAAGUUUUAGGCUCGCUCUGAAGUUUGCUUCUAAUUUGAAGCCUAAGCCUAGAUCUUUGAAGCUGGAUAUGAAAAAUUAGAAUUUCAUAAGAAUAAUUCGGAUUUUUUUGAAAAUUGACCGCCAAAUCCUCUAUUUUCUAAAAAAUCUGAAAUUCAGCUCGGAAAUUCGGAAAUUUUUGACAAAUCCAAUGGGAUAUAUCGAGGUUAACACAAACGAAUUGAAAAAAAAAAUUUGAAAAUAAAUUAUAUCAAUAUUUUCAAACGUAUUUUUACUGUUUUUGAAAAAUUAGAAUUUUUGUGUUAAAAUUUGUCUAAAAAUCGCUGAAAAUUAAAGGUUUUGAGAAAAUGCCUGAAAUUUUCGUGCUUUUCUGGAUGAAAAUCGAACAUUUUCAGUUUCUGGACCCAAAUUUCUCAAUUUUUACCGAAAAUAAGCAAUUUUGAGCCUCAAUUUGAUCAGAAAUGUAGAUUUUCUCAAGUUUUUCUGGCUGAAAAUGCUGUUUUCUCAAGAAUAAUUCAAAGUGUACACGUAUUUUGAACCAAAAAUCGAUAAUUUCAAAAUUUUAAUUCAAAUUUUUCAAAUUAAUUUCUUUAUAAAAAGCGUAGUGAUAUUGUUAUUGAAAAAUAUAUUUGAAAAUUAAUUAUAUCAAAAUUUUGAAACGUAAUUUUACAGUUUUUGAAAAAUUAGAAUUGCUCUAUUUUUGAAAAAAUCUGAAAUUCAGCUUGGAAAUUCGGAAUUCAUAAAAAAAUUAUCCAACCUCAAUAUUCCUUUUUCCAGAUGGCUCAAGUCUUAAAUCAACAAAAAGCAGCGCAAAACGAAAGAAUGACAGAUCCGGUAACAUUUGGAGCACUCGACGAACAUGUCGCCUGGAAAGAUCCAACAGCCGAAGAGCAAACCGAAGCCGAAAUGCUCGCAAUAAUGGGACCAGGAAGAGGUGGUGAUAAUGUGCAAAGUAUGGCAUUAGCUCUAAUUGACGGAGGUGGCGCAUUAAUGUUGGCGAAUAAAAAGAAAGCCGAAGCUGCUGCAGCUGCCAUCGAAACCAAGCAGAAAAAACCACGUCGACAAAAAGAGGCGAAAAAAAUCCAGCCGAAACUCAAUUCAGCCGGCGCUCUCGCGGCCGCCGCAAAAGCUGGCGAAAUGUCGGACGCGUUGAAGAAUGAGGUGAUGAAUAGCGAAGAUGCGUCACUGGCGUCGCAAGAAGGUUUGGAGAUUCGCGGAAAUGACGCGAGACAUUUGUUGAUGACCAAAUUGAUGAGAACCAAUCGAUCGUGUGUGCUGAUUUUGAGAAAUAUGGUGGGAUCGGAGGAUUUGGAUGAGUAUUUGGAGGCGGAGAUUCGAGAAGAAUGUGAGAAGUAUGGAGUUGUUAAUGAUGUGAGUUACUACUUUGUCAGGCGCGUGCGGCUGUGCGGCGCGGUUUUUGCUUCACGCGAAGUCAAAAAUUGACGAGAAAACAUGGGUUUUUAAUAAGCUUCUGGGGUAAUAUUUGAUGAAAAUGAGCUUGGAAAACCGCAUUUUUCAUAAGUUUAACAAAAAAUUAGGGAUUUUUGGAGAAAAAUUAGCAUUGCUCAUAUUAAGAGACAUCUUAAAAAUGUCCAGGAAAUAUUGUAGGUCAAAAUUAGUUUUUUGAGUUUUUCAGCCAAAAAUGAUGAAAAAUCGAAUUUUUGAAGCUUCAAUUUCUAAUGAAAUUUGAGCUUGGAAUCCAAUUUUCAGGUGUUUGUGUUGAUUUUAAUUUGAAAAAUCAACACAAACAUCGGAAAAGGUCAAUUUUCAUCAGAAAUCACUCCAGAAGCUUAAAAAUCCUCGAUUUGUCAUCAUUUUUAACUGAAAAACGCAAAAAACGAAUUUUUUGAAGCUUCUCAGAUGAAAUUUUAGCUUUGAAUCCAAUUUUCAGAUGGUUGUGCUGAUUUUUUCGACACAAACAUCAGAAAAUUGGAUUUAAAGCUUAAAAAUCGUCAAAUAACCCCUCAGAAGCUUAAAAAUCCUCGAUUUCUCAUCAUUUUUAACCUAAAAACUCAAAAAAAAUUAGAAAAACUCAAAAAUCUAGUUUUGACCUACAAUAUUUCCUGGACAUUUUUAACAUGUCUCUUAAUAUGAGCAAUGCUAAUUUUCCAUCAUUUUUCGUUAAACUGAGCAAUGCAUCAUUCAAAUAUUCUCUUCGGUAACUUUAAACCUUUCUCUAAGCCAAUAAAUUCUAAUUCCAGGUUGUCAUCGCAAAUUUCGCUCACAUGGGAAUCGUCAAAAUCUUCGUUCGCUUCGCCGAUCCAUCACAAGUCGAUAAGGCAAAAACCGCUUUGGACAAUCGAUUUUUCGGCGGAAAAACAGUCAAAGCCGAAGCUUAUGAUCAAAUUCUUUUUGAACACGAAGAUUAUUCUGGAUAA